AUGCUUGGAAGCAGGAGAGUGUUGAUGGAAGGAAUGGCAUCUGAUUUUGGAAAUUGUGCUCCUGCGAACCUACAAGAACAGAGAAAUCCAGGAUGUCCUGCAGAAAACUAUGAAUCGUUUUGUCUGUUACCAGCAGUAUCCUCUCUCAAACAAAAUGGUAGAAAACCUGAAAAACUUUCAUUUGAUGUGUCCACUGGAUCCCUGUUUACCAUCUGUACCAGAUCUUACAUAGUACCCAACACUUACUUAGCCAAUGUGGGAGAGAAGCACAAGGAGAUCACAAGGGCCUUUGGAGAUUUCAUUAGCACGUCUUCCAUCGAGCCUUUCACCUGGCCUGAAUUCGAGGGUGUGGGAAAACUGCACCAACCGACAGGACACUGGCGGAUCAUGUCAGUCCGCUCGUCAACACUUGGUCAGUCUAUGGCCUACAUUAUCUUCCAUCCGCAGAGAAAGUCUGAGGAUAUUCAAAUGAAGGCCAAAGAAGAAUUAUUGAACUACUUUCAAAAUGGUCCAGGUAGACUUUGUGGCUUGGACACACUCUUUUUCCAACCAACACUCAGUUCCAGAGCCAAUGCCGGAAUUGUGCCGUUCCAGUUACUCUAUGGUCAACCGUACAUUACUGAACGCCUGCUCGACUGUACAUUCCGAAUAUCAAUAGACUCUUUCUUUCAGAUCAAUGUCAGUGCUGCUGAGGUGUUGUAUUCUGUCAUCAAAGACUGCGCCAAGUUAAAACCAACUGAUGUAUUCCUUGACAUCUGCUGUGGAACUGGGUCAAUUGGUAUCUCGAUGGCAGCUAGUGCCAAAAGAUUGUUUGGUGUAGAAAUUAUCCAGCAAGCCAUCGAUGACGCUAAACUAAAUGCAAAACUAAACAAUGUUAACAACGUUGAGUUUAUCUGUUCUCGAGCCAGUGAAGCUUUGAAAAAGAUUUCUGUUGGUGCCUACUUUGAUAUAAAUGAAACUGCUGUUGCAGUGGUAAACCCCGGCCGAAAUGGCGUCAGUAAGUAUGCGUUUUAGGGGUUAUAUA